AUGGACGACAACUUUACCCACUGCUCCUACGAGGCCGGCAUGCUCGAGGACAUGUGGGCCAAUACCGUCUCGCCCCUCAAGGCUCCGGAUGCCCCCUUGGACAUCACCAUUCACUUCGAAAAGGGCCUUCCCGUCAAGGUCAUUACUCCUGAGCAGACUUCCUUCGACGAGCCCACAUCAACCUCGAGGGUCUUGUUUUGGAUGCUAGAGUUCGCGAGCUUCCUAAUCCUCGAAACAGCGAGUCUCGACCAUGCGCAGCAGCGGGUCAACGACGAGAUCCGUCUCCACUUGUACAAGGGCAGCGUUUACGUCUUGGGCCGCAUCUCUGAGGAGAAGCUCAAUUCCGAGGAAGAUGCCUCCAUGGACUCUCUCACCAACUUCGAUUCCUCUGAGACGUCUGGCUUCAUCACCAUCUACGCUCUCCGCCUCAAGAAGGCAAGCACAUAUCGCUAUGGUGCUCAGCAGACCGAGGCUGGUAUCAAGUUUUAG